UGGUCCAGGCACCAUCCCUGGAAACACACAGGAGCCGCUUUUCUUUCAGAAAAACUGUGUCUUCCCUGGUGUCCAGGAAGGGUCUGGAGCAUCCUCCUCAGUGGGGCAGUUCCUACUGUGGGCUAUGGGUCCAGAGUGGGCUUCCUGUGGACUUCCUAUGACCCAAGACCUCCUAAGUUGUCGGUGAACUUUACAUGGCAGAAGAUAACCGGUUUGCACCAUCGUCCUCCCUGAGGCUCAUCCUGGUGGGCACAUCCGGCUGCGGGAAAAGUGCCACCGGGAACAGCAUCCUCUGCCAGCCCGUGUUUGAGUCCAAGCUGGGGGCCCAGGCUGUGACCAGGAAGUGCCAGAAAGCCACGGGCACAUGGAAUGGGAGGAGCAUCCUGGUGGUGGACACGGCCCCCAUCUUUGCGGCAAAGGCCCAUGGCCAAGAGAUGUACGAGGACAUCGGGGACUGCUAUGUGCACUCCGCCCCGGGGCCCCACGUGCUGCUGCUGGUGACGCAGCUGGGCCGGUUCACUGCCCGGGACACGGAGGCAGUGAGGAGGGUGAAGGAGGUCUUUGGGGCAGGAGCCAUGAGACACGUGGUGGUCGUCUUCACCCACAAGGAGGACUUAGGGGGCGAGUCCUUGGAUGAGUACGUGCGCAGCACAGACAACUGCAGCCUGCAGAGCCUGAUCCGGGAGUGUGGGGGGAGGUACUGCGGCUUCAACAACCGGGCCACCGGGGAGGAGCAGAGGGGGCAGCUGGAGGCCCUGAUGGUGGUGGUCGAGAGGCUGGAGAGGGAGCACCAGGGCACCUUCUACACAAACGACCUCUACCUGGAAGCCAAGGAGAUGCAGGGGCGCGUCGGGAAGGAGCGCAAAGACUACCUGGCCAAGGUGCGAAUGCAUGUGAAGAAGCAAAAGCGAGACCUGAAGAAGACGGAGACUGGGAGUAAAUGGCUGCCCAAUAAGGUCCCCAAGUUCCGAUAGAAGUACGUAACUUCAACUUUUUUUAUUUUAAUUUUCAUUUGCAUGAAAUAUGGAUAU